CAUGGGCCUGAUUGCGACUGUAUAAAGACGAGUAGCGUCUGCCAUCAUCACGCACUUGGAGCCUCUUUCUCCAUCAGCCGGGUCUGCUUCUCAUUGCUGUGCUCCUUGUCCACUUCUUUUCUAUUCCUUUCAACAACCGUCUGCUGUGCAGAUUUUGGCCAUCUCGCUCCUUAUUUGCUGCUCGUCGGGCCACUUUCGCCGUCUCACCCAACAUCCACAAAACACCAUCAAGAUGAAGUUCCUUUCCAUCGCCGCCGCCGCCUUCUUUGCGGCCACCGUUUCCGCUCAGGCUGUUCGCGGCUCCAAGGGAAACUGCGGCUUCCCCAACGGUCCCGACUGCGUGGCCGUCGGCAAGAAUGACAAGGGCCAAACUACUUUCACGGACCCGGCCAACAGCCCCGGCGUACAGUGUUGUCUGUUCCCGGCACGGUGCGGCAACGGCGACGGCGAUGCCGUGUUCCCUUGCGUCUUCGUUGGCGGCCCGGCGCCCGCCGGGAAGAGCAAGUCCAGGUCCUCGAAGCGGAGGAUCGGUGCUCAGGUCGAGGCCUCGGCCUCGGUUGAGUGAGAACCUGUGUAUCGGUAGGGACAUGUGGUAGUGGGUUACGGGGAUAGCCCAGCUCAUCAAGCAGGGAAAGGAGGAAAGGGGUAGACAGGAUAUGGAGCAUGCAGAAAUCAAACAAAGAAGAUACCCAUCAGCCUGACAGACAUGCACAAGAGAAGCCGGCCGGGCUGCCACCUUCUCGACUCGGACUGACCGUCCGUUUCCCCAGC